CUAAAGUGGUAGAUAUUCUCUGGUUAUCUCGUCGAACAAGGGAACUGUCGUGUCAUAUGGACCGAGUUAUCUCUCUGCAGUAGCGUUGCGUCGUGUUGUUCCCUGUUGUGUCACUGCAUCGACGGAAUCAGUGACUGAAUCUAGGCCUAACAUCUCCUUGAUAUGAUACCACGUCGAGACAACAGUUGUAUACAUCGACCAUCUCACGCGCAAACAUCAUGUCGAAAGGAUUUGUGGCUUUCCGCAAGGAGUCCCAGGGGGGGCUGCAUCCGCUGAGUGUCGAGGAUGAGCUUCUUACGGCUGAAGUUGAGGACGACUACGAUGCCCUCAACGACGAGACCUUUGGAGGUGGUCUCGAUGAGGGCUGGGAGGAGGCGCAUGAGAAAUUUGCUGAACUUGAGGAUCGAGCCAGACAGGACUCCUCCAUGGUGGAUUCACUGGUUGAUGAAGACCCUCUUCUGUUAAACCAGGAGGUGGUAGAGCAAAGCAUCUCUCACCUUGGCUUGGAAGAUGACCGAGAUGAUGACCCAGCCAUCAAGUCUUACUCCAAGUCCACAACGUCUCCAUGGCCCAUCGAACGGGGCCGCCCCUGUUCUUCACCACCACCACCGCCGGCGACGCUGCAACAUUUUGGCGGUUCGCCCAAGACGGACACCAUCUGGACACCCAAGGCAGUCCAUCCCCCUUCCACUGAAAACAGACUUGCUUCCCUCCUAUGGAAACUACAGCAGCAAAGCUCCUCCACACAAGUUUUGUCCCAGCCUGUUCCUCGGAGAUCGUCGUUGCCCCCCAAUGUGCACACGUUGGAAGAGCUUGAACGGGACAUGCUGCAUUCUGGUGGCAGCCAUCCAGUGCCCAUUGGGGGCUCCCGAGGCGGGGGGUCACCCUGGGUUGCUGGCCACACUGAACACGGGGUGGCAGGAUACCCUUGUGGGAGCACUCCUCCUGGUCACCGGGGAUCAGCAGAGCACAGCACUGGAGGAGUGCUGCCUGCUGCCUUCAGUGCCCAGCAAUACCGUUUCAGUCCAGGCCGACCACCCUACCCACCACCACCUAGUGGUGUGCCAACGUUGCCUAGCCAGCUUGGUGUGUCACCCCCUGCCAGAGCACCAGGACUUGUCCAUGGAUGCAUGUCACCAGGAAAUUAUUCACCUGGCUUCGCUUCCGUGUCCAGCAGAUACAAAGGAAGCCGGCUGCCAAUGCCUCCUGUGCCCCACCCCUUGCUAGGGCGUGGCAGAGGGGUUAUGAUGGGUCCAUCCAUGUUACUUAACAACACACUUCCAAACCACAUGCCACUGCAAGGCACCCUGCCCUUCAGACCUGGAUUAAGCAGUGGUGUGGACCUUCGGCGCCUCCUCUACCCUCGACAGGUUCAACACCCGCUUCUAAAUAAGAACCAGUUUGCAUCAUCAUCUGGCAGUGGACACUACCAGCAACAUGCGUACCAGACAGUAUUUGGCCAGGGUGGCUUGCCGCACGACAGCUUCCGGCAGGCCAGCCAUCACUCGUAUUUACGGCCACAUGGCAGCUUGGAUAACCGCGACAACUCAUUGUUUGGUGACCAUUCAGACGACCCUUAUGCCGGGCUCAUGACACAAAAAGAAAAGGAUUGGUUGGUCAAGAUUCAGCUGCUCCAAGUGCAGCCAGAGAACCCAGAUGUGGAUGAUUAUUACUAUGUGGGCAAGACUGCUUUCUGAAAUGGUGGAUUUACUCAUUGCCUCUCUCAAGAAGCAUGACAAUGGCAAAGAUGACACAAGCGACCACUAUAGUGCUGCAGUGCAUCUGCUGUUUCCACACGAGCGUCGUGCCCUUGCGUCACAAUUGCAACGAUUUGCAAUAAACUCUCAGCUUGCUAGCGAGCUAAACACUGCUGCAAAGUCCAGCCAGCAGUCAGAGCUUCAUCAGCAGAAUGGAUUUGGUGACAAAGGUGCGUUUCCCUACUGUGGUGAUGAACCCGUAACUGCUGUUCACUAAGCUACACAUCUUGCGCUCGGUUGUUUUUCUACUGCACUUUAGAAAUUCCCUCUCUGCUAGGAUCAUUAGAAAAGGCAACUCUCUGAGGCUGACUCUUCUCCUGCUUUACUUUUUUUUUGUGUGUGUGAAUCUCUAUGGCACCUAUGGUGACAUGUCAAGUGAGUCUGGAGGAAUGGGCAGCCUAUUUUUUGCACGAGAUGUUCGGGGAUGUAUGGCAAUUGCUUAACUCACAUGUAGUGUCAGGAGUGCCGUGAUGUCUAUGCAGGCCUGCUGUGCUUUCUUUCUUUUAACUGGAGUGUCAAAGCUUGGCAAGAUUUGAGUGUCUUCACGUACAAAACUCCAAAUCAAGCGCUCACAUAAUGUCGAGCUCUUAUUUUUUUGUUUUGCUCUUUAAGUGCGUUGUUGCCUCAGGCUAUAAAAGCGAACAAAUCUCUUGCUACCUGUAAUUGGAACGUAUUGGACAGCUGUGGAGAUUUUUUGCCUUAUAUGCACAGCCUUGGUCCUUGAUAUAGUACAUAUGUGCUUAUGCUGUUCAUAUUGCUCCAUGUUUUCCAACACUGCUUUGCUGUGCAGUUUGUUCCUCAUGUGAACCAAACUAAAUUUAGUUCUUUAUUCUAUUACAGUAAUCUGAAGUGUAACAUAUUCUGCCCAUUGUUUGCUAUGAAAAAGCAUGUCUCUAGCUUUAGUGGUGUUGCUGUUGCACUUCAGCAGCUUAGGAGCCUUUGUUUAAAAAACAGGCAACGGUUUCGAGACAUGUCGGUGCAUUGUGAUAAAAAGUAGAUCCUUUUUCAGUACUGCAUUUUUCAAUCCAGAGUUUCCACAGCUGUGUUUCUCAUUCUCAAAGGGCCCCCAUACAUUUGCUUCAGGGGAUGCCUUCUUUCUUGAUCAUUAAGUACAAGCGUUUCGAUGUUGGUUUUUUGUCAGAUUUUCUUAUCACCUCAUCUGUGAAAGUGUGACAUUGCACUGUUACAUUGCCAGUUACUUUCGAUAACUGGUCAUCAUAAGGGUAGAGUUGAUGUGCUUGAAACUUAGAUUUGUUCAUUCCUUCCAUGCUUGCGAAUUCUCCUUGGUUCACUAGAGCACACCAUGUGCUGCUCAAAGUGUGGCACUUUCAGCCUAUUAGGCCUUUUUUUUUUUUUACCAACUUCACUAACCUGUGCAUUAUUUUUUUUGCAGUAAAAAUAGAAUAGUUAGAGUUAAAAGAUGUUUUCACCUUAUUUUCUGAAUGCAUUGUGAGAAGCCAUCACUGUAUAGUUGCAAAUAUCGGUUUCAAUAUAAAAUUUGUUGCUCA